GUAAAAAUAACAAGAUCUGCGCAAGGCGUGACAACCGAAGCGCGUUCAUAUGGUGGGGCACUACAGCAUCAUCAAAACACUGGAACACACCUCCAUCCAGAUAUUUCAAAGCCCAGCAGUAAAUUUAGAAUAAACACAAACACAAAGUUAAGACAAACGAAACAGCGGAUUAUUGUGCGCGAGGAAUCUUUUUUUGUGCAUCCAUUCGGAGCAGAAUUGCGGCUUUUUCCGUAUCGGUUUCCCGGUGCGCUACACACCUUGUGCCUUUGAAAAAGCAGCGGGGAAGGAGAAGGGGAUCAUCUGAGAGGCGGCUGUCUAGAGAGGAGGAGGAGGACAAUGGAGGGGAUGCAGGCAUAUGGAGCCGGGAAAGCCGGGGGAGCCUUCGACCCUGUCACCUUCCUCCAGCAGCCUCAAACCAUUCUCCGCAUAGUGUCUUGGCUCUUCUCCAUUGUGAUAUUCGGCUGCAUCACCAACGAGGGCUACAUCAAUCGCCCUAGUGAAGUGGAGGAGUACUGCAUCUUUAACCGCAACCAGAAUGCCUGCAAUUAUGGCGUUUUUAUGGGCUCCAUGGCCUUUCUAUGCUGUGUAGCGUUUCUGGCUCUGGAUGUCUACUUUCCACAGAUCAGCAGCGUUAAAGACCGAAAGAAGGCUGUCCUGGCUGACAUCGGAGUUUCAGCGUUCUGGUCGUUCAUGUGGUUUGUGGGUUUCUGCUUUUUGGCCAACCAGUGGCAGGUGACCAAGCAAGAGGACAACCCCCUGAAAGAGGGAGGUGAUGCUGCCCGGGCAGCCAUCACCUUCUCCUUUUUCUCAAUCUUCACCUGGGCGGGCCUGUCAUUCCUCGCCUUCCAGAGGUACAAGCUGGGGGCCGACUCUGCCCUCUUCUCCCAGGAGUACACCGAUCCCAGCCAGGAUGCAGCCGGAGCGCCCUACACGUCCUUCGGAGGGGGCGACUUGGAGAGCCCAAGCGGUGGAGGGGGCCAGGCCAACAGCGAUGGUGCCUUCGACGGCACUGGAGGCUACCAGCGUCAAGACUACUGAGAUUUUGGAGUUCAGAUAUGCUUUGGGAGAGAUUUUGUUGCCCAACAAUUAUAAUUUGUAGUAAUAUUUUUGUUGUUUCUGUCAUGCUGAAAACCACUGCCUCAAACGGACCAUGGUUACGGUCUAUAAUAAUCCAACUUUACACAUUUCUGGUUAUUUUAAGCCUUUUUAAAACAGCCCAUUACAUAACAGUUGAAAGUUUUCUCCUGGCAUGGUAACUCAGACAUAUUAUUAUGAUCAAUAACACAUUGUCUCAUAUAUAAUUAAAAGUGUGAGAGGACACAACUGGUAGCAGAUAUGACUCAUUAAUCAUAGGAACAAUUUGGUACCAAGUACCUUUUCUGAUUUUAAUGUUUGUUAAAACAAUUUGUCUCCAAGCUGGAAGUCUUGGAUAUAUCGCCUGAAUAUAUUCGCAGUUAUCGGCACCCCUGGUCAAGAUGCUUAAAAAAGCCUUAAAAGAGAUUAUCAUUUUGGAAACUUUUUAGUGUAUUUCUCUAUCCUUACUAUCCCGGUCGCUGUGCUUGGUGUUUUUUUUAGCACAGUUCCUUUCUUAAGCCUUUUAAUUAUUGCUUUGACUGUAGAUAUGGGCGAGUUUAGGAUAGUAGCCGUCUUCUUGUUGCUCCAGUAAAGCCCAACAUGUUUCAUACAACUGGUAGAUUUAGGUUUAAAGUAAUCUUUUGAUUGGAAGUUAUAUUAACAUUUUAGGGAGGCCCUGCCAGAGUCCAAACUAGAAUCUGACAGGGAAUGUGAGAAGUGAGCAAAAGAUUAGGGUGAUGGCAAGAAGGCCUUCCAACAACAAGACUGAGCUUAUCAAAGAUAAAUUGUGAAAGUACCAGUGAAAAUAUACAAAAAUUGGGUCAGCAAUUUGAAGAAGGGUAUGAUUGCAGCAAUGCCUAUAAGGUUACAGGGUACAAAUCAUUUUUUUAACAUGCAUUGUUUUAAAUAAAAUGUAAACACAAAUUUAAAACUAUUAAAAUUCAUACUCUUAUCAAAGUUGUUUUAUCUUUUACAAGAGGCUUUCUCCUGUUUCCUUUACUAUCACGAAUAAACUUCUUGGUUGAAUAAAAAUAGUUUUAAAUCUAAAUCUGGCAGGGGUAUGAAUAGUUCUGGGUUUAACUGUAUUUAUUUAGAAAUAAAGAUUGACAUAUAUCUUACCUCAGUGGCAAGUUCUCUUGUCUCUCCCAUUUGGACAAGUGGAUAAUUGAAAAUUGUCCUCCGUGUCACUUCAUGUUUGCACCUAAAAGGCAGGGCCGACCCAAGGCUGACUGAGACUCUCAGGAGCCCUCUUGCAGAUACGAACAUCGUGGCACCAGGCACCACAACAUAACCCAGUUCAUUUUGUUUUUUUGUUUUUUUUUGCAUAUUGUGCAUAUAAUUAAAGAGUUCUAUAGGUAAUAAGUGGGGUAAUUCCCUAAAUCAACAGUUUAACAAUCAUGCAAGUCAAUUUGCAUUAUUUAUUUAAUGACUUUCACGUUGGAUAAUGAGCUUUAUAGGGUGAAAGCUUUAAUCAAAUUGUUGAGAUUGGGUAAUUUCUUUCAAUUGCUCAUUUUCUUGCAGUCAGAUCCAGUGUUCGUUGUUUCAAUACAGACGUAGCACAGUUAGAAAGGUAAAGCCAAGUUUAAUUUGAUUUGCUUAAAAGCACAUUCAGAAACCUGUUAAUUACUUGUCGAGUUUUACUUGCAAACUGUUGCAGUGUGGAUUAAAUUUGAACCUAGCUUAGAUGCAAGCAACAGAAAUGUUUAAACUACAACAACAGCAUUUAUUUAUGACUGCGAUGCUACGAAAGGUUUAGACCUGUAAUUCCUUUUGGAAUGAUUUAAAUGACAUGUCAGUUCGUUUUUACUUAAUUAGGAACAUAAAAUUAUUUCUAAAACUGCUUUUUAAAAAAUGAAGUUAAUUUAAAAGUUGGAUCAUUUUUGAUAAACUAAACUACAAACAACAACAAAACAAAUUCUGAGAUAUUAACUGAGACUUCAAGUGGCUCUCAGGGGACCCCUGCUGGGUGGAGACCCUGAGCAGUAAUAGUUUGCUUAUGUCCCAAAAUGUCUUUGCCGAGGGGAAACAGGAAGUAAUAGAUUCCUAAAAUAGAUAUUAUCAUCUAAAAAAAAGAUUUAAAAAAAUUAUUUUUAUUUUUUAAUGGAUUUGUUAAAGGCCAAUAAGUGUGACACUGGUGAUUUCGUAAUUUCAUAAAAAAAUAUUAAUUAUUUUCCACUUAUUGUUUUUCUUUGUCUGAGAUUAUACUGCUGCAGGAAAAGAUGCAUUUAUUUAAGGGCUUUUAAACAUUUUUGCCAGGGGUACCGAUAGCGGUGGGUA